UUCAGAGAAAAUGUUCAGCUACCAUUCCUUCAUUUCCGAUUUCUUCUUGCUCUUAUAUUUUUCAUCAUAAUAUAUGCAGAAGUCUGUCUGGCGUGUCACGAUGAAGAAAGGAUUGCUCUUUUGAGCAUCAAAAACUCCUUAACGGAUCAUUUGGAUCGGUUGUCCUCAUGGCAAAUAGACCGUCAUCUGAAUUGUUGUCAGUGGCAUGGAAUUCAUUGCUCUGCUGACAACAAGUCACGAGUCAUUUCAAUCGAUCUUCGAAAUAUAGACCUUGAAAUUAACCUCUGGGGCUCUGGUAAUGAUCCGCCAAGAAAUACUUCACUUACCGGUACAAUCUCUUCUUCCUUGCUCAAUCUAACUCACCUUGAGUAUCUCGAUCUUAGUUUCAAUAAUCUCGACUACUCAAAUGUCCAAUAUCACCUUUCAAAACUCAGAAAUCUCAAUCACCUUGAUGUCUCAAAUUCGAAUUUUUCCGGCUCGAUAACAACACAAUUUGCUAACUUAUCAUCUCUUCGGUACCUCGACAUCUCUGAUUAUGCUCAACCAUCUGAUCCCACAUCUCCAAGUUAUAUGAUUUCCCUCAUCCCCUUAAUCUCGUCAUCCAUAAACUGGGUUAAAGAGUUAGUUCAUCUGAGGGUACUUAGACUAAGUGGUGUUGACUUAUCUGAGGCAACUGUCAAAAAGAAUUGGGCUAAACCAAUAUCAUUUCUUGCUCAUCUCAGAGAACUUCACUUAUCUGGUUGUGCUAUUUCUAAUCCAAUCUUUCCAGUCCAUGAGUUCCUCAAUCUUUCUCAUCUGUCUUCUCUACAAAUGAAUUACAAUGAAAACCUCGAUUCGCCAAUCCCACCUCAGUUUGCUAAUCUUACUUCCCUUUCAGUUCUUGAAAUAGUUGGUUGCUAUAAUUUGCAAGGAUCACUUCCUUACCUUCCUCAGAUUCAACGGCUUGACGUAAGAGGAACUGAUAAACUUCAUGUAAAUCUUACAUCCAUGUUUGAACGCCAAUGGCCUAAACUCCGAACACUCUGGAUGUCAAGCAAAAAUGUAACCGGGUGGAUUCCAACUUCCAUUUCAAACUCACCGCUAUUGGUUAGUCUUUCUGCACAAAGUUGUUACAUUCAAGGACCCUUACCUGCAACAAUUUCGUCUCUUUCAAACUUGGAGUAUCUGGACCUCUCGAUGAACACCAUAACAGGUUACCUUCCUGCUUCAAUCUCCAAUAUGAAAAGGUUACAAUAUUUAUCCAUGUCUGGCAAUAAUUUCCAAGGACACAUACCCGAUUCGAUUUGCGAACUUACUUCUCUUCAACAACUUGAUUUAUCUCAGAAUAGCUUAACCGAAAAGAUACCAAGUUGUAUAACCAAGCUCCAGAACCUUAAUCGCUUAGAUGUUAUUUAUAAUUCUAUUGAGGGCACUGUCUCAUUCAACUCAUUAAUCAGAGAGUUAAACUUAACAAGUUUAAAUCUUAACAAAAAUAGCAUAACCGUAGUGAUAGAUCAAAACUCCAUUCCAUCUAAAUUCCAGUUGGAGAGCUUGAACCUGCAAUCAUGUAAUAUAAAUGGGGAAAUACCUGAUUUUAUCUGCAAGUUCACGAAUCUUGACAGAUUGGAUUUGUCUCGGAACAAUCUAAUGGGAAAUAUCCCUUCUUGUAUCUUCAAGCAUCAAACUCUAGUUUACUUAGAUCUUUCGGGAAACAACCUCCAAGGAACACUACCACCUGUUCUUGGUUUUAAUGCUGAUUAUUUUAUGUACCUAAAUUUAGCUGGAAACAAGCUUCACGGUUCAGUUCCUAUUCCAUCUCCGAAGAACAUGUAUUUCGAUCUGUCACAAAAUGAAUUCAGUGGCAGAAUCCCAUUCGAAGUUGGAGAAAGGCUUUCCAAUGCCCGUUAUGCUUCAUUGUCACGUAACCAGCUGUCAGGAGUGAUUCCUCUAUCAUUCUGUUCAAAUAAAGGCUUGGAGUUGAAUUCAUUUCGUCUUGGAUCUCUGGAUCUGUCCAACAACAGCUUAACUGGGAGUGUACCUUCUAGUUUAGGGAACUGCAGCGGUCUAGUUUUUCUACACCUUGGCAUGAAUAAUCUCAGUGGACAACUUCCGAAUGAGCUUACGCAGGCCAUACGUAUCAUGUAUCUCCUAUUGCAUGAUAACCUUCUCGGAGGUGCUUUUCCAAAGAUCAUCCAGGAAUUUAAACGACUGAAUGUUCUUACAUUGGGAGAUAACAACUUCAGAGGUAACAUACCUACAUUCAUCGGCUCAUUUCUCGAUCUUCGGAUUCUAUCAUUAAGAUCGAAUGCGUUUAAUGGAUCUAUUCCCAAAGAGAUUAGCAAUUUAGGUCAACUUCAGAUAUUGGACUUAUCGUUUAAUAGUCUUUCUGGUCCGAUUCAUGGCAAGACAAUAGGGAACCUGACGAUGUUAACAAGUAGACCCAACGACAUAUCUGCAGCCUGGGGUGGUGGUAUGUUUAUCUCAAAUCUUCAACUGCAAAUAGUCGUCAAAGGAGUCUUGCAGCACAUUCAACGGUUACAAGGUUACAAUUCAGGAAUUGAUCUAUCAUGCAACAAAUUGGACGGAGAUAUCCCGGAAGAUAUAGGUCUACUUAAAGGUCUUUCUAUGCUUAACUUAUCAAAUAAUCAUUUCAAUGGUAACAUACCAAACAGUGUCGCCAACAUGACUGGUUUGGAGUCAUUGGAUCUCAGUUCCAACAAUCUGUCGGGACAGAUCCCCAUGGAGUUGGUAUCAUUAAGCUACCUUGGGUAUGUAAACCUAUCUUAUAAUAAUUUGAGUGGCAGAAUUCCUGAAAAUGCUCAUUUCCAAAGCUUGAGCUUGGAUGGUUCAGCUUUCCUUGGAAAUGAGUUUUUAUGUGGUGUUCCUACAAAGAAGCAUUGCGAUGGUGAUCCCAUCAGUCCUACAAGUAGUAAGACUGGUGAUAACACCGAACGAGAUGUAGAAGAUGAUGAUGGCGCAAGAGAUAAGGUCUUCCUAUUUGGUUCUGUUGUUUUGGGUAUAGGAGUUGGGUUUUGGGGUCUGUUCUUGGGUUUACUUUGUAGAAAAGAGAAAUGGUGGUUUGGGUACUGGAGAGUUGUUGAUAGUAUCGCAGGGAAAGUAGGAGGUUGUAUGAAGAAAAAUGCAUAGGUGAUUAUAAAUGCAGUAACAACUUCUCCUUUUUGUUGCAA